GGGGGGUCAAUAGGAGAGAGAGAGAGAGAGAGAGAGAGAGAGAGAGAGAGAGAGAGAGAGAGACGCAGAAACUAUGGAGAAGGGUAAGGGAGUUUUGGUUCGACGAUGGGCCAUCGAUUUUACCGAUAAUUCAACAACUACUUCAUCCCGUGAUAUUCCAGAUCCCCUCGGUUACUCUCGAGCUUCUCAGGAUCAGGAUGAUUCGACUGUAAGUCGACAAAAGAAGGAUGCAGAAUCGAAUUGGAAAGCUCAGAAAGCCUGGGAAGUGGCCCAAGCACCUUUCAAGAAUUUAUUAAUGAUGGGCUUUAUGAUGUGGAUGGCUGGAAAUACAGUUCAUUUGUUUAGCAUCGGCAUCACCUUUUCAGCUCUUUUUCAGCCAAUAAAUGCCCUUCAAGGGGUUGGGAAAGUUUUUGAGCCUUACAAGGACCCAAAAGUAGAUACUCUUACACCUAAGUUACUUUUCAUUGCCCUGAAUUUGGCUGGUUUAGCAUUGGGUGUCUGGAAGCUGAACACAUUGGGUCUUCUUCCAACACAUGCGUCAGACUGGGUCUCAUCCUUGCCCCCUGCUCAGGAGGUUGAAUAUUCUGGUGGGGGUUUUCCACUCCGUUAAUGCUUGGUUUAUUGUGACUGGCCAAUGCCGUUAAUUCUAAGAGUUGUAAAAGUAAAAAAUUAUACUGGAGUAGGUAUGAAGUUUUCUGCUAUUAAAGCUGGUGGAUGUACAAUGCGUGGUUCACCUUCUGGAAGAUAACAUGUGGUUUGAGGUUGUUUCACAGGCGUUGACCACAAUUUCAAUUUCAAUGACUGGGUUCCGGGAAGAGACUUAAAGCUAAUCAUGGUUCUUAUGAUAGGAAAACAUGGAAGUGCUGCCGAUUUGAUUUGAUUUGAUCAUUUAAUGGUACUGCCGUGACCAUUUUUAAGAAAACAAUAGCUAACCAUGUAAGUUAUUAAACUGCAGCAUCAUAUAUUUGGUCUGCUUACCUUUGAAACUAUGUGUGCUUUAUAGAACUUUUUGGCAACAUGACAAUGGUUACCUGAACAGCUCACUGAUUUAGGCAAGGUAUUCAUUUUUUACUAGAUAACUGAUAUGGUUUCUAGCAAAA